UUUUACAGUCUCGUUAACAAAUGCGAGUGAGAGCGAGGGAGAGCGGAGAGAUAGGUUCUGGCCAAAGAUGGAGAAUCCCUUCUACAUCUGCAAACCCAAAAAUCAAAUUCUCAUUCCCUUCUUUAAACCUAAAAUUCCCUCCAAAAUAUCUCGCCAUGCCCAAAACCUCAUUGCCGCGUCCUCAGAAGCGGAGACACCACUGCCGCUACCGCCUCAAACUCGAAGACCAGGAGACCGCCAGCUCCUUCGUCUCAUCCACGCCGGAAAGCUCCAAGAAGCUGUCUCCGCUCUAGACUCCGGUACUCCCAUCGCAACUCGAACCUACCUCUCGCUUCUCCAAGCUUGCAUCGAUUACGACUCAGUGGAAGCCGGCCGCCUUCUCCAUUCAUCCUUUCCCUCUGUGAAGGACCCGAACCCCUUCGUCGAGACCAAGCUUGUCAGCAUGUAUGCGAAAUGUGGGGACUUGGACAAUGCCCGUAAGGUGUUCGAGCAAAUGCGCCAAAAAAAUCUUUUUACCUGGUCUGCUAUGAUUGGAGGCUGCGGAAGGGAAAACCGGUGGGAAGAGGUUGUGGAUCUAUUCCAUCGAAUGGUUCUUGAAGGUGUGAACCCAGAUGCCUUUUUGCUGCCCAAGAUCCUACAAGCGUGCGCCAAUAUAGAGGAUAUUGUUACUGGGAGAUUGUUACACUCGCUUACAAUCCGAUUGGGGUUUUUGGGGGAGAGUCAUGUUGGGAAUUCCAUACUCAACUUGUAUGCGAAGUGUGGUGAUUUGAUCAUGGCAAACAAAAUUUUCGAUAAACUUAAUGUAAAGGAUAGAGUGACCUGGAACUCAAUCAUCUCUGCACAUUGCCACUGUGGCCAAAAUGACGAUGCUUUCAAGCUAUUUGAACAAAUGAGGAAUGAAGGGAUUGAACCUAGCUUGAUCACGUGGAAUAUACUAAUUUCUAGUUAUAACCAGUGCGGGAAACCAACAAUUGCUCUCGAUCUGAUGAAAAAGAUGGAGAGUUGCGGGAUUAUCCCUGAUGUCUUCACAUGGACCUGCAUAAUCUCAGGUUUGUCGCAGAAUAACAAGAUAAAUCAAUCACUGGAUCUUUUUCGAGAGAUGUGUACAUCUGAGGUUGAACCAAACAACAUGACGGUCGCUUGUGCCAUCUCUUCCUGUGCUACUCUGAAAUAUUUGAAAAAUGGUAGAGAGCUUCAUGGCUAUGGAAUUAAAAAUGGAGGUGUGAGCAAUUUACUGGUGAUUAACUCAUUAGUUGACUUGUAUUCAAAAUGUUGGAAGUUAGAAGACGCUGAAAGAAUUUUUAAUGUCAUUGACAAGAAGGAUAUUUUUACCUGGAAUUCAAUGAUAGGAGGGUACAUGCAGGCUGGUUACUGUGGGAAGGCACAUGAACUCUUCUUAAGGAUGGAGACUUUAGGCUUUCGGCGAAAUGUUGUGACAUGGAAUGUGAUGAUUUCUGGGUAUAUUCAGAACAAGGAGGAGGAACAAGCGAUUGAACACUUUCAGAAGAUGGAAGUUGUUGGAAUCAGAAAGAAUGCAGCUUCAUGGAAUGCCCUUAUCUCUGGUUUCUUGCAUAAUGGAGAUGCCAACAAGGCAUUCAGAGCUUUUCGUCAGAUGCAAUUGGGUUCUGAGAAACCAAAUUCCAUUACCAUCUUGAGUAUAGUUCCCUCUUGUGCCAAUUUAGUAUCAGCAUGGAAGGUAAAGGAGAUCCAUGCCUAUGUGCUUCGCAGCGGUUUACGUCCCGAUCUUCCAAUUUUGAAUUCCUUCAUUGAUACUUAUUCAAAGUCGGGUGACUUGACCAGUGCUCUAACUUUGUUUAAUAUUCUACAUUCCAGAGAUCACAUUUCCUGGAAUUCAAUGAUUGCUGGAUGUGUUUUGCAUGGUUGUUCCCAAGCUGCUCAGGAACUACUAAACCGCAUGAAGCUAGAAGGUCUGAAGCUAAAUCAGUCAACUUACACAAGUAUGAUUCGUGCUUAUGGUCUCGAUGAAUUGGUGAAUGAUGGAAAAGAGGUCUUCAUGGACAUGAAAGAUCAAAACUUUUCUCUAGGUAUGGAAUUUUAUGCAGCCAUGGUUGAACUGUUUGGUCGAUCUAAAAGGCUUAUGGAAGCAUAUAAUAUGAUCAAGGAAAUGCCAAUUGCGCCCGACUUCGCCGUCUGGAACGAAUUACUGACAGCAGCGAGAUACUGUGGUAAUGUUAAGCUUGCUAGUCUUGCUACUGAGAAUCUGAGUAGCUUGGAGCCUAAGAAUCCAAUAAUACAAGCUCUAUCAUCAAGCUUACAAGCUAUAUGUGGUAACUCAAUUGAUGUAUCAAACAUGAAGAAGCCAUGGAAGGAGAGUAAGGAAUAUGACUUAUAUUCUUGUUGCUGGAUGGAAGAUAGGCACCAGGUUUAUACCAUUUUCACCAAUGACAAAACGGUUGAGUCUGAAUCUACUAAGUUGGUAGAAUUUAGUCGAAUAGCAAAAGAGAUCAAGACAAACAACAGUGAUACGAGGCUUGACAUUGAAGAAGAAUUGGAAGAAGAUGAUGAGGUCCACUGUGAGAGGAAAGCAAUCAUGUUCUCUCUUGUGAGAAGACCAUCCUCAAAAGUUAUAAGAAUAAUCAAGAAUGUGAGAAUGUGCGCAAAAUGCCAUGGCACUGCGAAGCUUGUUUCCAGGUUGUAUGGUCGCGACAUUCUGAUCAAGGAUACGAAGUGUUUGCAUUAUUUCAGGAAUGGCAAGUGUUCUUGCAAGGACUAUUGGUGAUCUGAUGAGAAGUUUAGUUGGAGUUUUUUUGCAAGGGUUGCGGGGAAUUUGGCUGAGAAACGGACGUCUUCCAGUCCAAAAUCUUGAUUUUGGCAAUAAAAAUAUUUGGUAAAACAUCCAUGACUGUCUUUUAGGGGAACAAAAUGUCGCAUCUCCUGACCUGAAUCCUGAAGGAAAAAAUACAGAGGAUUUUUUUUUUGGCUGAGUGAGAUCUACUUUCAUUAAGAAAAUAUAAGAAGUUGUGCUGUAAUUAGAACGCCAAAAUCUUAAUUCCAAGGUGUGAUCAUGAGUGGGUGCAAUGCGCCACAAAGUAAAUAAGCAAACACCAGCAAACAGGCAUCAUGAAUAUUGAAUAUUGAAUAA